AUGCCGCCUCCUCCACCUCCGCCUCCUCCGCCGCCGCCAGGCUUUGGUGGACCACCACCGCCGCCCCCUCCUCCUCCGGGAAACAUGCCCUCGAGGCCUCCAGCUGGCGGAAACAGAAAUGCUCUCCUGUCAGACAUUUCCAAAGGCAGGGCUCUCAAGAAGGCUGUCACCAAUGACCGCUCGGCGCCAGUCGUCGGCAAGUCCUCUUCCUCGUCAGGCCCUCCAGUCGGCGGCGCACCGCCAAUUCCUAUGCUCGGCGGAGCUCCAAAGCCUCCAGGCGGGCUUGCGCCGCCCGUUCCGGGAAAUCGGGCAAGAAGCAACAGCGACCAAGGCUCCCGAGAUUCAACAGCUGGAGGCAUGGACGCUGCGCCUCAGUUGGCCGGACUCUUUGCUGGAGGAAUGCCUAAACUAAAGAAGAGAGGGGGCAUUGAUACCGGCGCAAACACAGAUUCAACGUAUCUCUCAGAUCCGGGGGAGCCUACAAGUUCAGCGCCGAAGCCUCCGGCCUUUUCUGCACCCAGACCUCCGCCUGGGGCGGCGCCCACAAUCCCGGGUGGACGACCUCCGAUGCCGCCCCCUGGGGGAGUCGCAAAUCUAAGAAAGACGACACCGAUGGGAUCCAAGGGACCACCUCCGCCCAUUGGUAAGAAGCCGCCACCUUUACCGACGUCCCGGAAGCCAUCGUCCAUAUCCUUCGCUCCCUCAGCUCCUGCGCCUUCUGCCCCGGCGCCACCUCCACCUCCACCGCCAUCCUCCGCUGCCGCUCCCGCUGCACCUCCGCCUCCACCCCCGUCAUCUGCACCUCCUCGACCAAGUGUUUCGCCGGCGCCGGCGCCACGGUCACAACCACCUCCGCCGCCUCCGCCUCCUGCGUCCCAUUCGACACCUUCUUUAGUUGCGCAAGCCACCAUCCGCGCGGCUGGACAAGCCUCUCCAAGCUCUGCCCCCCCGCCCCCUCCACCACCACCAUCAUCAACUCCCUCGGCACCCUCCGCUCCCUCUCCGCUGCCACCGGUUCAACUCAGGUCGAGGGGUUCAUCGAUCCGCCAAUCUAUGCUUGAUCCAUCAGCCUUUACUCUAACUGCCAACGGCGCUAAAUCACCUAGCCCGGCACGAACCUCUCCUUCUAAUGGCUCCGGGCCCGAACGCUUCGUGGUGAGUGACACGAGAUGGAAUUUCAAGGAUGAAUCCGCGUUCCCAAAGCCGAGGGACUUUAUCGGAGGCACCAAAAAAUACAGAGCUGGAAGGGGGAGCAGUGUGCCACUAGAUCUAAGUGCUCUAUGA